GGAAAUUGUAGCUGUGCAAUGGAGGACAUGUGCAUUGAAGGAUUAUUAAGAAACACUUUGUCCAUUAUGAUAUUUGGAGACCUGUGAUUGUUUCUUUUGACAUUGUAAUGUCCACACGUAAGAGUCCAGAUUGAGAGUAAUUUUAGAGUGAUGGUUGAACAAUUGGACAUAUUUGUCAUCAUUGAUGAGAGACAAUGGGAGUUACACAACUGGCCUAGGAGAUUGUUGCUUAAUCAGACAAACACCAUGCUUGACAUUUUUCGAGAAAAGGUACCAGCAAUCCUGCAAAACUCUGAAACAGAGAUCAGACUGAACAGUCCUAAUGAGUUAUUUUUAUAAAGUUAACCAAUUUUUUUUUUAAAGGAAUGUGAUUAUAUAUAAUUAAAAAUUAAAAUCUGGAUUUACCAAUGAUAUAUGAGCAUUUAUAGGAGUGCAGGCGUUAAACAGGCAUCAUGGACAUGGAAACAAUAAAGAGUUUCGUGACGACGCACCCCAGGGAGAUCUGCAUUACGGCUGUCGUGGGGGUGGCGCUAAUCGCCGUCAUCAGGAGGAGACGGAAGCGGGAGAAGAAGGUCUACCCGCCAAAUACGAUUGUUCACCACCAAAUGGGGAGAGGACCGUACGCCCCUAGCUUAACUCCCUUUGCUGUGAAAUUAGAAACCUAUCUCCGGAUGGCGAAAGUUCCUUUCUUGAAUGAGCACGACAGUGUCACCAACAAAAGCUCUAAAAACAAAGUGACGUGGAUUGAGUGUAACGGGGAGGAGGUCGCGGACUCUGAGUUCUGUAUCCAGUAUGUAAACAAUAAAUUUAAUGUUGACCUCGACAAAGGAUUCUCUGACGAGGACAGGGCAGCGGCGUUAGCUAUACAGAGAAUGGUGGAUGAACAUUUAUAUUGGGCAGUGGCAUUACAGCGAUGGGUGUAUGAUCCUAAAGAUGGCAUUAAUGUAAGUAAAAAUAUGAAUUUUUCGUGGACCUUGGCUCCUCUUGUACGGAGGAUGAUUGCCAAACAGAGCUACGCCCAGGGAGUGGGCCGACACACGGAGGAGGAAGUUCAUCACGUCAUGCACGAGGAUCUAAAGGCUCUGUCAAUGUUUAUAGGAAAUAAGAAAUUCUUAUUUGGCGAUAGGGUGUGUCAGGCUGACAGUUCUGUGUUUGGAAUGUUGUCCCAGUUAUACUGGCAGAGUUAUGGGGGAUAUGGAGAGAAAGCCAUCCAUGAAUAUCCUAAUUUAUGUGGCUAUUGCUCUACAGAAUAUCCUAAUUUAUGUGCCUACUGUGAUCGCAUGAAGGCGGAAUACUGGCCAGACUGGGACGAUUGCAUCACGCAUGGAUGGACGAGGAAAGCGACGAAAUGAACGAACUCGGUAUAGGUCUUGAUACCCCCACACCGUCAUCGUCGUACAGUCGUGUGCAUCAGGAUGACCUACAUACACACUCCUCUCAGUUCAUCAGUACAGAAUGGUGUAAAUUUACCUGUAACAUUAGUUGCCAAUUUUAAUAGAUAUAAAACAUGGAAUAGAUAUAUAUGUUGUUUUGUCAUUAGUAAUAUGCUUUCAACUAAAUUCGAGAUUAUUCUUUG